GCUGUAGCGCGACACUCCCUCUCCAGCGCCCUUCAGCCUAUGUCGGCUUGUGCUUUGGAACUCGACACAGCUAUGGAAUAGGAUUCUGGCGGUUCAGGAACGUUGCCGUGGAGUUGGCGACAUUUCGCUUGUCGGCAUUUUAACAUCUCGGCGAGCACCACACUCACCAGCCUGGAGCAGGCGGCGUAUCAACCUUUGUGGUUGGUCCUUUGCAUCUGCGCGUGCAGCAGGGUGCUUUGGGUGUGGCGGUCGGGGGAGCCCUGCAGCACUUGGGUGUUUUUUUGGGGUGUGGCUCGUCUUCGUGCCCUUGUUGCCUGGUGCCUGGCUGCCUGGCGCCCGCCCUGCUGUGAUGCCCUGUGAGUGCUGAUCUUGGGCAGCUAUGCAGUUGCUGGGUGAUCCUGGUCGGUUCCGCCUGGUGUCUCAGCGCAGCCAAGCCACCAGGGGCCAACACCAGCCAUACAGCACACCCGCACACGGCGCGGCCACAGCAGCACAUGCCGUGCCGUGUGGGGGGCCGGCGUUUGGGCAUCACCGCCCACUGCCAGACUUGGCAGCGGACCGCACCCCUGCAGGUGGGGGCAACACUGCCAGCCCGUUCUUCAGCCCCGGGCUGCAGCUCCACCUUGCCCUGUCCACGCAUAGCCUGGCGCACGGCGUGCAGGACCUGACGACGCAGCCUCAGGGCCCCAGCCUGCCUACCUACCCAGUCCUUCUGGUGGGUGCCACCACGGGGCUCCCAGAGGGCGAGCAGCUGUCCUCAGCCGGCGUCCGGGAAGUGACCAGUGCUGCCCUGUCAGUGCUGGACACCAUGUGCCGGCAGGGCAACCAGCCGCAGCUCUUGCAGGGCCACUCUCUGCACAGCACAGGCCACCCCUCCCGCACGUUUGCGGGGCUGGCCUUCAGCCGGCGCGCGACCAGCACCAGCAAAGCAGCCUUCACAGCGGAGCUCAUGCGCAAGUCGCCGCUGGCGGUACCGCUCCAGCGCGGUCAGGCUGUCCUCACGGUUCACGUGCCAGUGGACACCCGGCCCAUCAUUCCGGGCACCUACACCGUCACGGUCAAGAUGGUAGGGGGCCCUGUGUGGGGGGCUUUCCGCGGUCGCACCGAUUUGGUGCUGCAGGCGGGCGGCUAUCCCACCACCUCGGACCCCUCUAACCUGGCGUGUGCUUAUGUGGUCUCAGAGCAGUGCGCCAAAUCGGUGGGCCCCAAGGGGGAGCCCCAGGCCCCCGCAGGCCAGGGCAUCACCAACCACAUCUUUGCCUGUGUGCGGGGCCCAGUCUGGGACCCGCAGCUCUCUCACCUGCACUGUGCCAAGUUUGAGAUGCCCGGUGAGGAGCCCAUGCAGGUGGAGGUCCGUGGCGCCCCCCAGGCGGCUGGGGCGGCCACGACAGCUGCGGCAGGCAGCCCUGCUCCGGCUGCAGCCAGGGUCGCCGACCUGGGUGGCAACACCUUGGGUGUGGCGAGGCCCGCGGCUGCCAUGGCGACCGCAGCGGACAUCGUUGACCACGUGGGGGACGUGCAGAUGCAGGAGGUGGCGGGUUUGGGUGACGUGGCGGCUGCAGCUGGUGGCGCCAGUGGGCCACACAGCGGGGCCCCGCCCCCGCUGCCAGUUCUGGUGGCGGGGGGAAGCAACCGUGCUGCUGCGGCUGCCCUGCGGGCCGCGCUGCAGCAGCAGCCCUCUUCACAGCAGUGGGUGUCAGCGGGAGGGCUUAGCGGGGUCCAGCCGGCGGCAGGCGUGGGGGGGCCGCCGGCGGCCAGGCCUCCCCCUGCCGGUGCUGGGCCGGCUGGCGUGCAGCAGCAGCACAGUGGCGUUCCCGCGCCACGGCCGCCCUUGGAUCAGCAGGCAGCCGCUGGGCAGGAUCAGGAGCAGACCGCUGUGAUGCAGCGGUACUUGGCCGAGCUGGCGGACCUCAAUCUCCAGCGGCAACGGCGGUUACAGGAACAGCAACAGCAGCAGCAGCUGCAGCGCCAGGGGCAGUCGCCCAGGCCCCGGACCGGCUCCCAGGUUGUGGUCCUGGCCACGCUGGGGGGGCAGGACGGGGCGGGCGGUGGCCCUGGCGUGGCGGCGUCACGGCGUGGGCAACGUGUUGACAUAGUUGACCACGUGGGGGACGUGCAGAUGCAGGAGGCGGCGGGUGUGGGUGACGCAGGGGCUGCCGCUGGUGGCGCCAGCGGACCACCCGCCGUGGCCUCACCCUCGCUGCCAGCUCUGGUGGCGGGGGGAAGCACCCGUUCUGCUGCGGCUACCCUAAGGGCCGAGCGACAGCAGCAGCCCUCUUCACAGCGGCGGGUGGCAGCGGGAGGGCUUAGCGGGGGGCAGCCGUCUGCAGGCGUGGGGGGGCCACCGGCGGUCAGGCGUCGUACUGCCUGUGCUGGGUCGGCUGGCGCGCAGCAGCAGCCCAGUGGGGCUUCCGCGCCACAGCCGCCCUUUGAUCAGCGGGCGGCCGCCAGGCAGGAUCAGGAGCAGACCGCUGUGAUGCAGCGGUACUUGGCCUACAUGGUGGACCUCCAUCUCCAGCAGCAACGGCGGGUACAGCACCAGCAGCAGCAGGAGCAGCAGCGCCAGGUGCAGCCGCCCAGGCCCCGGACCGGCUCCCGGUUUGAGGUCCUGGCCACGCUGGGGGGACAGGACGGGGCGGGCGAUGGCGCUGCCACGGCGGCGCCCGGGCGUGGGCGACGGGUGCAACCAGCCGCGCACGCACCGCCGCCACCGCUGCAGCAACAGCCCCGCUCCAAAGGGCGCUGUGGCCCCGCCCAGCUCCCGCAGCAGAGGGCAGGGCGCUUGGGCGGCGGGCUGCCUCCCCCGCAGGACGGUGCUAGCUCGCCGCCGCGCGUGCCCACUGGGCGGCCGACCGGGGGACAGCAGGCUGGUGGGGGCAGCGGGUUGGGGCGCCAGGGUGGAGGAGUGGGGCGGGCAGUGCCCCAGCCGCUACCCCAGGCGCGGCCGCCACUGCAAACGUCACAACCGGCGGGUGGUGGUAAGGGCAGGGACAGGGGCCUGGGCGCGCCGGCUGGGGGUUCGGCCGACACGGCUGGGCGCGCUGGUGGGGGUGCGGGCAGUGAGGCAGAGUACGGGGCCGUUUGCCUGACCCGGGACACGUGCGUUGCCAUUGGCUCUGACCUCGUGACGCACCAGAACCGCUGCGCAGAUGUGCAGGGGUUUGAGUGGGCGCAGCUGGGCCACGACACGCUUGGUGGCCGCCUCCUCGCCUACCUCCGUGACCAGGGCGCCACCGUACCGGACUGGGCCGUCUGCCGCGUGCCGGCCGGCCGUACCGCCGUCCUGGCACAGCUGCACGACGAGUUCACUGGCUGGUGGCGCCUAUACUCAGCCCAGCCUGCAGACACGCCCCUGCCUUCCGAUGUGACGGAGCAGCUGGAUGACGCCGCGCAGCAGGUGCAGACGGCCUACAUGGACUACGUGCUCCUAGACGCCCGCACCCUGCGGUCCGCUAAGCGUGGGCUGGCGGACCCCGGCGGGGCCAGCGGGCCCAGCCGCCGGCAACGCCAGCACCGCAGCCGCAGUACCUCCAGCCUCAUGAGCCUGGGCAGCGCUCCAUUGCACCCCGGCGGCGCCAGCUCAGUGAAUGUCAACGGCCUGGGCUCGCCGCUCAAGGCGCGGGCGCUGGUCUCGCACCUGCAGCAAGUUGGGGCGGAUGUGGCGAUGGUGCAGGAGACCCACGCUACUGACACGACGGUGCUGGAGUCUUGCCUUCGUGCCGCGCAGGGGGCGUGCCUUCCGUGGCGCCACUGCCUUGCUGCCAGCCCGGCAGCGUCGCCCCACUCCUGUGGGACGGCUAUCCUGGCGCGGAGUCGGCUGUCCCUUCCAGGCUGCGUACUGCAGCCGCCGUCAACGGAUGCGGCGGGCCGUGUGGUAUGUUGGGAUUGGGACGUGGGUCACCUGCGCCUGCGCUUCGUGUGUGUGUAUGCGCCCACGGCCGUGGCGGACAAGCCUGCUUUCUUUGCCGGGCUGCAUACCCACCUGGCCUCGGACAGGGUGCUUGUUGUCGGUGGGGACUGGAACUGUGUCACCGAUGCCAGUCAGGAGGCGGCCCCUAGCCCGUCACGUGCUGCAGGUGCCCCGCAACUUGCCAGCCUCCUCGCCCAGUUCAGUCUGGUGGACCCUUGGGCGAGCAAGCGUGGCGGCGCCAAGGGCUACACGCAUCCGGCCACGCCCAAGCCAGCCACUCCCGCACGCCUGGAUCGGUGGUAUGUCAGUUCCACCGCGGCGCCGUGGGUGCUGGAUGUCGCACGCACGUAUGGGGCGCCUGGGGACCACAACGGUGUGCUGCUCACCCUGUCCUUGCCCGACCUGCCACAUGCGCACCGGGAGCAGUGGCGCUUCCCCACAUACCUGCUGUUUCACCCCUCGCUGCGUCUGGAGCUCGAGCAGCGCUUGGAGGCGCACGUUGCCGCAAAUCCUGUGACCAGUACAGGUGACGGCGCUUGCACGCAAUGGGAGGCGGACAAGUUCUUCUUGCGGGAGGCCGCCACCAGCAUCCACCGUCGGCAUGCACGCCAGACCCGGGACGGGCUGCAUGGCGUGGUGCUGGCCGCAGACGCGGCCGCUGCCCUGGCCGACCGGCCGGGUGCCAGCGCCGCGCAGCGUCAGGCUGCGGCCAUGGCCAACUUGGCGGUGCGGGAGGAGCGGGCAGUUGCCGCAGCGGCCAGCCACAAUGCCCGCGCUGCACUGAUGGAGGAGCAUGGGGAGCGGGGCACUCGCUGGUUCCAUCGGCAGGCUGACGAGCCAGCAGCCGGCGCGCAGGAGCCCAUCACGCACUUGAAGGUGCCGGGGCAACCGGCGCCUGUGGCGCUCACGGGGCCGGGCACGCGCAACACUGUCUCCGCAGCCGCUGCAGCCAUGUACAGCAGCACCAGCCCCACCGGCCUGUUCCGCGUGCAGCCGGUCUGUACGGCGUCGCAGCAGCAGCUUCUGGCGGCCAUUGACCGCAAGGUUCCGGCGGAUCUGCAGGCCGCCGCAGAGGGGUCCGGUGACGGCGCCCUCAGUGAUGCAGAGCUGAUGGCAGCGCUGGCUGGCUCCGCCAAUGGUAAAGCGCCUGGGUCGGACGGGGUCCCGUACGAGGUGUACAAGGUUUUCUGGGCGCUGCUGGGUCCGCGCUUGUGUGCUGCUGCUGCCGCUGCCUUUGCUGCCGCUGCAGACGCCCACGAUGGCGGUGAAAUGGCGGCGGCGCUGCCCGCCUCCUGGCGGGAGGGCAUCAUCACCCUCAUCUACAAGGGCAAAAGCCUGGACCGCGCCGAGCUGGCGUCGUACCGGCCCAUCACGCUGCUCAACUGCGACUUCAAGAUGGUGUCCAAGGCCGUCAGCGCCCGCCUGCAGCCCGCCCUGGAUGCAGUUGUGGAUGAGCUGCAGACCGCGUUCAUCACCGGCCGCUGGAUUGGUGACAACGCGCUGUACCUCCAAGGCCUGAUCGAAUGGAUGCGCCUGGACGUGGGCGCGGACGGCACGCCACGGCAGGGUGGUGCGCUGUACUUCUUGGACAUUGAAGGCGUAUGACCGGGUGCACCGGCAGUGGCUGUAUGCGUCCGCGGAGGGACUUGGGUUUUUUUUUUUUUGAGGAAUCAUCCUUACAAGGUUGAACAGGGGCAGACGCGCUGCCCCCCUGCUGCCUGAAAGCAGCCUGGUCCCCGGGACCAGAACCCUGACAGGGCAAGAAGAGGAGAGAAGAGAAGAAAAACAG